AUGCCACGAAUCCCGUACAGAUACCCUGCGGCCGGCGUGGAUCCUAUCGCCGAUGCCAUCCGAGAAAGACGGGGAGCUCGAGGACUCACCCCGCUCGACGGAUCCUUGCUCAACGCACCCGCCAUCGCCAAUGGCUGGAACACGCUGCUCGGAGCCACCAGGACCAAGAACUCGAUCCCGGACGAUGUUCGAGAGAUGAUGAUCCUGCGCGUCGCAGCUCACAACUCGGCCAACUUCGAAUGGAUCCAACACGCACCGGUCGCGGAACAGGCUGGCUGCACUACCGCACAGCUCGCGGCGGUACGCGACGUCCGCGCACCGCUGUCAGCGGCAUCCGUCCUGAGCCCGUUGGCGAAGGCGGCACUUGCUCUCGCCGACGACAUGACCACCAAGGUGCGGGUGCAAGACUCGACCUUUGCGUCGCUCAAAUCUGCUUUCGCUGACAACGUCAAGGAGCUCGGCGACAAGGGCACGGCGGACGGUUUUGAGGGCGAGGAUCUUGUCAACAGGAAGGUGGCAGAGGCUACGCUCACCGUCGCCGUCUACAACAUGGUCUCCCGCUUCCUCGUCGCCAUCGACGUCGAUGACCGCGCCAACGUGCCUGUCCCCAAGCCCGAGGGCAGUGAGCACGUCCAAGACCCAUCUGAAGUCACGCUGCCCGUCAACGGACCCAGCUCAUCGGCAGGACGAGGUCUUGUGCAACUGCCGGAUGGGCAACGGCUCAGCACGCGCGUACACUUUCACAGCAUGACCGCCCCGUGGAUCGUGCUCAUCAACUCGCUCAUGACCAACUUGACCAUGUGGGACGCCGUCAUCCCGGCUCUCUCCGCACGCUUCAACAUCCUCUCGUAUGACCAGCGAGGUCACGGCAGCUCCGCCGUCCCUGCCGACCCAUGCACCAUCGCACAGCUUUCGGUCGACGUGGCGUUCCUGCUCGACAGUCUGGCAGUCAAGAAGGCGUAUGCCGUCAUUGGUGUUUCCCAAGGCGGUGCCACUGCUCUUUCCUUCGCGCUGCGACACCCAGACCGAUACGAGAGGCUAGUAGCGUGCGACACACAACCCAGCACACCAGCCGCCAACGUCGGUGCAUGGGACGAGCGCAUCGCACUGGCGAGAAGCAAGGGCAUGGGCGAGCUCGCCGCUGCCACGGUCCCUCGAUGGUACGGUCCUGGCUCGCAAGCCAGCGCAGAAUGCAGAACGAGAACCGAAGAGAUGGUCAAGACUACGCAGGUGGAAGGCUUCGCAGCGGGUGCACGGGCUCUGCAGAACUACGAUCUCGUGAAGGACGGCAUCGUCGAAGCCUUCAGCAAAGCGUCGUCGAGUCGCCAUUUGCUCGUUGCUGGCGAGGCAGACGGCAAGCUGCCCGAGACGCUACAGGCGUUCACAACGAAGCUCGCCGAAGCAGGUGCCAAGGCCGAGUUCGUCAGCAUCCCUAACGCCGGACAUUUGCCCAUGUGCGACAACCCAGACGCCUGGCUCAAGCCAGUUCUCACUUUUCUUGCAUGA